AGGGCACUCUCCGACGUGCCUCAGCCUAGGCGCGGGUCAUUCGCAACAUUCAUGAACGAGAACCAAAGAUGGCAUCAAAAGGUCGAGACCCAAAGAAGGAGGCUGAACUUGAUGCGCGCAUUGCCGCGCUGCGCAAGAAGAAUGAGGAGCUGGUGAGGCGCCAACAAGCGGCCGAGGCCGAGGCUGCGCGGGACAAGGAGCUGGAUCGCCUUGCUGCUGAGCGCGCUCGACAACAACGGCAAAAGGAGCGUGAGCAAGAGCGCGAACGAAAGGCCAUGGAAGCCUACGAGGCGAAGCGAAAGCAGAACAUUGCGGAGGAGAAGGAACGACAAGCGCUCAUUGCUGAUUACGAGCAACAGCGUGAGGGCGCAGAGAAGAACCGCGUCGUCAAUCAGAGCCUGCGUGGACGUCACAAUGCAGAGCGCGAGCGCGGCCCUUCUCGGCGUGGGCAUGCAAGGAAAACCGGCGGUGCCAUGUCGGCAAAGGAGCGGCGGUGGAAGGAGGAACGAGCGAAGAUCGACGCUGAACGCAUGUCGAGACAGAUGCGGGUGGACGAGCACGGGAACAAGACGUGGGCCCGCGCAUGGGACCAGCCCUCUCACAAGGUCGAGGCAGACAGCUGACGGGACACACACACACACACACACACACACACACACACACACACACA